AUGGAUGGUGGCGGAGGGAGGAGGAUAACGGUAAGUCCGAGGCCGUGUAAUGGAAAAAGAGUGGUGGCGAAGAAACGGGGAAGGGGUUUUGGUGGCGGAGAUGGGUUUGUUAACAGUGUCAAGAAGCUUCAAAGAAGGGAAAUUUGUUCUAAGCGUGACCGUGCUUUUACUAUGACCGAUGCCCAAGAACGUUUUAGAAACAUCCGGUUACAGGAGGAAUAUGAUACUCAUGAUCCAAAAGGUCACUGUACCAUGGUACUGCCUUUCUUAAGAAAGAGGUCAAAGAUUAUUGAGAUCGUAGCAGCUCGUGACAUAGUGUUUGCUCUUGCACAGUCUGGUGUCUGUGCAGCAUUUAGCCGAGCGACCAACCAAAGGAUAUGCUUUUUGAAUGUCACUCCUGAUGAAGUUAUUCGAAGCUUGUUUUAUAAUAAAAACAAUGAUUCACUCAUCACAGUUUCAGUUUAUGCCUCAGACAAUUUCAGUUCCUUGAAAUGCAGAAGCACAAGGAUUGAAUACAUACGAAGAGGUCAACCAGAUGCUGGCUUUGCUCUUUUUGAAUCUGAGUCACUGAAAUGGCCUGGUUUUGUAGAGUUUGAUGAUGUAAAUGGCAAAGUACUUACAUAUUCUGCACAGGAUAGUAUAUACAAGGUGUUUGACCUAAAAAAUUACACAAUGUUAUACUCGAUAGCAGACAAAAACGUUCAAGAGAUUAAGAUCAGUCCAGGGAUCAUGUUGUUGAUUUUAACUAAAAAUAGUGGCCGUGUUCCACUUGAGAUUCUUUCAAUAGAGGAUGGCACUGUUCUCAAAUCUUUCAGCCAUCUCCUUCAUCGGAAUAAGAAGGUGGAUUUCAUUGAACAGUUCAACGAGAAGCUUCUUGUCAAGCAAGAAAAUGAGAAUCUGCAGAUUCUUGAUGUCCGUGACUUUCAGCUAACAGAAGUUAGCAGAACCGAAUUUAUGACACCAUCAGCAUUUAUAUUUCUAUAUGAAAACCAGCUAUUCCUGACAUUUAGAAAUCGAACGGUGGCUGUUUGGAAUUUCCGGGGAGAGCUUGUAACUUCUUUUGAGGAUCACCUUUUGUGGCAUCCUGAUUGCAACACUAAUAAUAUUUACAUCACAAGUGAUCAGGAUCUUAUAAUUUCUUACUGCAAGGCUGAUUCUGACGAUCCCUUGUCUGAAGGGAAUGCAGGAUCCAUCAAUAUCAGCAAUAUCUUGACUGGGAAAUGUCUUGCUAAAAUAAAGGCAGGCAACAGCUUCCCCAAGGAGAACGAACGCUGUCAGAAUUCAAAGAAGCGCCUGCAUGCCUCCACAAUAAGAAGCACAGCUGCAGAAGCUUUGGAAGACAUUACUGCUCUCUUCUAUGAUGAAGAGCGCAAUGAGAUCUAUACAGGCAAUCGGCAUGGUCUAGUCCAUACCUCUGGAGCUGUGAAAACAAGCAUCCAAAUCCAAGGUGGGUCAUUGUUGGAGUAG